AUCAGGCCACAUGUACACCAUAUGGAGUAAUCCACAUGGCAGCUUGUAACUGCGGUUAUAGCUACAGGUUUCCUGUGUUCCAAAGCCGAGGAUAGCCUCAUCUCAUUGCUUAUGCCUCAUCUUACAUGUGCCACGUUUUUGUAGAAUGCUACAGAACCCUAUGCCACCUACAUGGAGCUUAGCUUCAAUAGACUUUCUAUCAUUACCUUCGCUAGCCUUAUUACCUAUCAUUCACCAGGUGUGGGUAGGCUUCUCUGCCAGACAUGUGUAAAUCAACUCCAUGCAAUUUGCCUCCAAUCUCCAAACAAGAAGCAUAAAACCAGCAUGGCCACAAGCCAAAAGAACCAUCCAUGUGGCACUUUUCGGCCACUGUAACCUGGUUCCUCCGUAACCUGUUUCCCACACCCAUAACAUCACUGCCUGCUUCAGAUAGCUUUAGACGGGGAGAGUUUUGCCCACAGGCUUCUAAUAGGCAUCUGAAUUCCUCAUGACCAUCUCAUGGGAUGAGGCCUAAAUAGUGCCCCCACCACCAAAGAGACUCAUGGAGCGUGCCUCUGACGGGGAAGGCUGGAGAUGCUUUACAGCCAAAAACAUCAGUUCAGUGGGGCCUGACGGGAAUAAUAUAGAAAUUUAUUUCUGCUGCCAGCCAGCAACCUUUCAGGGUCUCAGGCCUCACUGAUAUCAGACCCCAACAAAGUUAUUGUUCUGACUCAAUAAGUCAACUUAUUUUGUUGUUCAGAAUGAUGGUGGUUCUUGUACAUUUAAGGAGCUUCAAUUGGUUCUAAAGAAUGUUAAAUCUUUGUCAAAUGUAGUCCAAGCCAUGCAACCUCAGGCUGGAGAUGCAAAGUUUUUCUAAUGAAAGGGAUAUGCUUGGGCGUAGUCCCCAUAAGAGAGAGAUGUUCAGCAUGGAUGCUUCCCUUAUAGGCUGGGGAGCCGUGCGGUGGCAUAGGCACACAGGGAGCAUAAGAUCACAUCAACCAGAUAAAAUUGAGGUCUUUUUCCCACCAGGUGUGUAUGACAGGUGUAUGACAGGUGGAUCUCUGACAGCUGGGUCACUUGGCAAUGUAAUGACCUACAGCUACAUCAGUCUGCAUUGUCUGGUAAUAAGCUUGUCAUGCAUACAUUGGUGGCCAGAUAACUCUGAGGUGACUUUGUGGUUAAAUUCAGGAUUCGUGCCCAAGGUCGUAUCACCUAAUUUUGUGAAUCAGUCAACUGAUCUUGCAGCAACCCGUAAAGUCAAACCUGGCUUCUUGCUGUGCCCAGUAUGCCCCAUAUAAUACUAUUUAGAUAGGAUGAAAUUAUCCUCAGACCAACUGUUUAUCUGUGUAGUAGUGUUGAGGAUGUCAUUACCAUGGCCUAAAGAUGGGCUGGAAGCCUCUACCAUGCCACUCUAUGAGGACUGCCCUUCCAUGAAGUCUGUGUUGCUGUUAUCUUAGUUAUCUUACCAUGCAAGUUUUCCAGAUUCUAAAAGGUUAACAUCACCUCUCCCAUUAAUGUGUGUGGUUCUCUGAUUGCCUAUCUAGUUCAUUCGAUUCUGAGUCCUGUUCCUCAUGACACUGUUGGCAUACAUUUUGCAGGUGAUUCUCAAGCCACUGGUGGUGAGGAAGGGUCAAACUCAAUACUAAUUAUGUGCCAUUUGGAAGCAAUGAUGACCCAGGGAGAACUUGGCAAGAAAGUUCCAGGGAAAGAUGGCUAUAUGAGUGACUUAAUGACUCUGGCAAAAGGACUCGGCAUAAGCUCCAAAGUGGUGCAACAGAAAAGCGUGGACAGUGGUUUCUGGGUGUCUAAUUCUGAGAGUGCUCAGCUGCCCUCUGAAGUAGCACGAGCACCAGUUCGGAAAGAUGUGGUGGCUGGCUUCUCACGUCUCAGAGUAAGCUUUACUUCUCCCUGUGUGGCUGUUGUAUGACAGAUGAACUCUAGCUAGUGGGAGGGAACUAGGAGAAAACGGGGUAAAAAUAUAAAAUAAAUUCUCAGCACCAGUGCACACCACUCAGCAGCAAUUAUUACACCACUCUUAAACCUUCAAUCACAUGAUGAAAAUAAUAUGUGUUAUGCUAUUUAUAAGUAUGUUGAUUGAUUUAUGUCAAUUACAUAGACAAUUCCAAACUGCUCUGGAGAGACCUUCUGCAAAUGAAGUGCAGCAACACUAAUAGACCAUGUUCGCAAGAGACAUUACACAUUUUUAAAUUAAAUGAUACACUACAGCUUAUUAUAACAGUGAACAAUAACAUGGUUAAAAAUGUUUUCUCUUAAAAAUACAACUGAUUGUGUUUAAUAUAAAUUGGGAACUGUGGAAUGACUGCAGCAUUUUUACUUACAUGUAUGUAGAUGUAAGUCUCCUCUUUGUUUGCUUCAUUUCAUGUUGGCUAUUCUUAAAAAAAAACUUUUCCUUAUGUGCAAAAGACCUACUUAAGGCUUUGAAUUACCAUUUUUAAUUAGUUCCAUGUUACUGAAUUACAUUGUUAGAAUUAAUUGUGCACAUAUUUCUGUCUGUUUGCCAAGUUAAGAAUAAACACAUUAGCACAUCAUUAUGGGAUAUACAUACCUCAAUGUGUUUUAACUCGAGCACCAGCAAAAUUAAUAUCAGAAAUUAUAUCAUAUAAUAUCAUAUUUUAAUGAACUGUGGCAAAAUCUGUUUGGGUAGUAAAUACUUAUUUCAAAAAGAAAGCUUUCUGUCUCAAAUUGCAAACUGUCAUCAGUUAUUGGUAAGCUAGCCCAUGUAAUAAUUCUGUCUCUUUUAUUUUCAAGACUCGAAACUCAAUUUUAAUGAGCUCAAUCUAGACAUAUAAUGGCAACACUGUGUAUGAUGUGUCUGAACCAUUUCUUAGCUCUCUGGGCCUGGCUCAGGGACAUUUCCAUGGUGGAAUGGAGGUUUUAUGAUGUUUUUACAACACAUAAUAGUAUGGGCCAGUGACAGAUUAUGACAUAUAAAAGACACACUGUCAGUGGCGGUUUAAUUUAAUGUUCAACUAUGAACAAUGUUUUUCUGCUUUGAGGGUGAAGCAGUCAUCAAAUGAGGCUUGCCAAAUUUGUCUGCCUGCAUCAGUGUUCAUUCUGUGCACAUUACUCAGUCCUGGUGACAGUAUAACAAUGGAGCAAAGCUUCAGGAUUAUUCACUAGCAGUCCAGGCCAAAGGCACGUUGUGUAAAGUAAUUUGCUGGCGUGCAUCGAUGGAGUAACAGUGUUGUAUCCUUUGCCUACCAUUCAACUGGCUUGUUGCAUGGUAGACAAAAUAACCCCUCCAGCUGGGUGGCCUGUUUUUGUGGUUGUGUUGCAGAAAUUGCCUCUCACAUUUGUGCUUGCAAUGGACAGGGACCUGAAUCUCAACAGGGCAGAAACCUUUUCAUUCAUCAAUCCCUGGAUCCGUUAUUUUCUGUUCCUCUUCAGCUUCUUAUUUUGGGUGCUUUCUUUAUGUAUUGUUGCUAUAGGAGUAUAUUCUAAAGUUCAGAAAGCAACAGACCCAGUUCGAGACACAUUCCUCAUCGAUCCAGCCAUCAUAUUAAUAGUGGUGGGUGUUGUCAUGUUUUUCAUCACCUACUGUGGAUGCAUCGGAGCACUGCGAGAAAACAUUCACCUCCUUAAAACAUUUUCUUUCAGCCUCACUCUGGUCUUCCUCAUCCAACUGAUAAUAGCAGUCCUGGGAUUUUUUUACUCUGACCAGACACAGGAUGCUCUGGGGACAUUUGUGAAGAAAGCCAUUGUGCAUUACCGUGAUGACCUGGACCUUCAGAAUCUCAUGGAUUACAUUCAGAAAGAGUUUCGAUGCUGUGGCUGGAACAACUACACCGAUUGGUCCUGGAACAUCUACUUUAACUGCAGUCAGAGAAACCCAAGCAAGGAGAGAUGUGCAGUUCCUUUCUCCUGUUGCACCCCUGUACCUAGAGAGACUGUGAUCAAUACCAUGUGUGGUUUUGGGGUUCAAACUCAAAAGUACUUGGAGGCUGCAGAGUCCAUUUACACAGAGGGAUGUGCAGACAGAGCAGUGACGUGGAUUGAAUCUCAUCUGCUUUUAGUCGGGACUCUGGCUUUGGUUCUGGCUCUACCACAGAUUGCAGGUAUUGUGCUGUCUCAGAUGCUCAUUUCUCAGAUCCAGAAUGAGAUUAGCUCAUUGCUGUAGAGAUCACAGAAGAGAGGACUCUUCACCUGGCUGGGUUAUUACAGUUGAGAAAUAAACCAAUUAUUUGUAUAUAUACUUACUGUAUGCAGUUUUACUAAUUUUUU